AAUACUCCACCACCACAAUUAUCUUCAUUAUCAUUAUGUUCCACCAUCAUCACCAUCAUCUCACCUCUCCCCUCUCCAUUCUCUCACUGUCGGCAACUUCAAGGAGAGAAGAAAACACCCUCCUCCAUAGAUGGUUCAAGGAAGAAGAAGAAACAAGAAGAAACCAUCCAUAGUUUCCAAAUCAUGAGUUCCAAACGCAGCAUCAACUUCUACGAACAUCUGGAAGGUAUUGCAAAGAAAGUUCAGCGUUGGAAUGUUGAAGUUAGUGAGUUAAUCGUCGGAAUCAUGUUCAUCGACAUACCCGAAAUUUUGGACAGCAACUUUCUAUUGACUUCAGGUCCGAUUUACGCUAUCUUACAUAUGUUAAAACGAAAUACUUUCUAUACGAAAGUUGUAGCCACAGAAUCAAACGGUUUUCAAUUUCGUGAAGAAACGAUGGAGAUAUGCCCAAUUUACCGCAGGUUGUCCAGUUGUGACGGAAAUGACAAAGUUGGCAAAUUUCGAUGUUGUUUCCACUUCCGCUCAUCCGUAAGGUUUCGGCCGAUGAUUUCCAGGUCUGUACCCUUGCGUUAGACUUGUUGAAUCAUUCAUCACAUACAUACAUGAACAUAUAUGUUAUUCCAUAUGUUAAAACCAUUCCAAAAUAUAUAUGUGAUGCAUAUAUAAGUUAUCUAUAUGUUGAGAUCAAAAUAAACCAAAUCCAUAAAGUUAAUAUACACAUAAGUAAAUAUAAACUUUGGAAAUCAACCCAACAAUAUGUUAAUCAAAGGUGCUUAAAAGACUUAAAGAAGUAUUUUGGACACUCAAAAUAUCAAGAGAAAGAUUCGCAGACCCAAACGGUCGAUGCAAACGGUCGACCGUCGCGUUAAACAUCCAAAUGGACCCCGACUGUCAGACAAACGGUCGACCGCCGGUAGCCAACGGUUGACCGUCGCCUGUCCAGCCAAGUGCCGCCGUCCACCUCCAGUCAACAACGGUCGACCGUCGGUCAACCGCGGUCGACCGUCACGGUGAUCCGCCAAUCCGACCUGAUGAAGACCAAGGUCGACCGUUCCGAGCCCCGUAGCUUAAUUAAAUGAUAUUUUAAUCAUGUUUCAUCCAAAUAAACUAAUGCAUGAUUA